GGGUAUACGGUGUCCGAACGAGGCUUAGCCUCUGCUGCUAUCGGAGAACUAUCCCGAUAUUGCUGAUUUAAGGAUGCAUUGACUCAAUCUAAGCAUCAUACAGGACACUCAUAUACUGUCCCAAUACCAUAUCUACAUUUUGAAACUGGGAUUUGAAAAAUUUUCCUGUGUAAACUUCAUAAUAAAAACAUUUUCAGAUUUUGAGAAGCGUCAAACUCAGCAAUACUCAAUAUAUCACACAGGCUAGAAUGGACCUUUUCAAAUUAAAGCUUCUCCUUGGUAGAUGUACGACUGCAAAGGCAGAAACGGCUCCCCUAGGGGACAGCUGCACCUGUAGGUACCGAUGAGACAGUCCACAGGGGGUGCUCCGCAUCAUCAUCGGCACAUCAGACUUGAUCAGCAACCACUCGUGCCAGUACCCAUCCCCUUUGAGUCCCUACAAAGUGACUCCAUCGAUACUCUUACUACUACAACUACUGCCUCGCAACGGACAGUUUCAGUUGAGACAGUCGAGGUGGAGGAGCAUGAAGUCUGCUCCGACAGCGAAUUUGAUACGAGAGAGACACUCAAGCUGACCGCCCGCAGUGGCGCUACCUUCCGUCGCGACGUCUCUACAUCGACGCGUCGGCCCCCCAGCACCCGACGAGUCGCCUCUGCAACGCGUGAUGAGACGACGCAAGAAAUACAAGAUGAAGACGAAGCCACUCUCAGAGAGCUGCUUAUUAGUCUGCAAAAGCAGGUGAGCGUGAUGAGUAUGAACCUCAGCGCGAAGUUGGACGAGUUGCAACGGGGCGAUCGCCAUCUAGAGACGACCGUUGCACUGUGCGAGAUUCGCACGCAACUGCAAGAGUUGACAAAAUCAGUGGAAAGUUGUCAGUCGGAAGUUUCUGAAGUGAAGAGGGAUAUGGUGGCGAUUAAACAUGAACUGGAUACGGUUCAGCAGGUGAAGGAAGAAAUCGAAGAGUUGCGGGAGUAUGUGGAUCGCUUGGAAGAGCAUACGCACCGACGAAAAUUGCGUCUUCUUGAGCAGGGUCUAACACUAUUCUUAACCUAUGCUAUUAUGGCAGCAGUGUUAGGUAUGUUUCAAUUUGGUUACAAUACGGGAGUGAUCAAUGCACCUCAGAAGAACAUCGAAAAUUUCAUGAAGACCCUCUACAAGGAACGUUACGAGUCGGAUUUGGGAAACGAGAGAGCAGAAAUGCUAUAUUCGAUCGCUGUAUCAAUAUUUGCCAUUGGUGGUAUGUUAGGUGGCUUUGGCGGUGGUAUGGUUGCAAAUAAAUUUGGAAGAAAAGGCGGCUUAUUGCUCAACAACAUCUUGGGAAUCGCUGGAGGGUGCCUAAUGUGGUGUACGAAAAUAGCAAAAUCCUAUGAAAUGUUAUUCGUUGGAAGAUUUAUCAUAGGGGUCAAUUGUGGUCUGAAUACUUCUUUAGUACCAAUGUAUAUAUCGGAAAUAUCGCCUUUAAAUCUUCGAGGUGGUCUCGGUACCGUAAAUCAACUCGCAGUUACCAUCGGUCUCCUACUGUCCCAAGUUUUAGGUAUUGAACAAAUAUUAGGAACCAAUGAAGGAUGGCCGCUUCUCCUUGGUCUCGCUGUGGUACCGGCAGUGUUACAAUUGGUGUUGCUUCCAAUUUGUCCUGAAAGUCCCCGCUACCUCCUUAUAACGAAACAAUGGGAGGAGGAAGCACGGAAAGCAUUGAGAAGGUUAAGAGCCAGCAACGCUGUAGAAGAAGAUAUAGAAGAAAUGCGCGCGGAAGAAAGGGCUCAGCAAUCGGAGGCUUCAAUUAGUAUGAUGGAAUUAAUUUGCUCUCCAACGCUUAGAGCACCUCUUAUCAUCGGUAUUGUUAUGCAGCUGAGUCAACAAUUUUCUGGCAUCAAUGCGGUGUUCUAUUAUUCGACCAGUCUAUUCGUAAGUUCCGGUUUACCAGAGGAAAGUGCCAAGUUUGCGACCAUCGGUAUAGGUUGCAUCAUGGUUGUCAUGACAUUAAUUUCCAUACCACUUAUGGAUAGAAUGGGAAGAAGGACGUUGCAUUUGUACGGCUUAGGAGGAAUGUUCAUCUUCUCUAUCUUCAUAACCAUUUCGUUUCUAAUAAAGGAGUUUUUUGGCUAUGUGCAGGAAAUGAUCGACUGGAUGUCUUACCUCUCGGUAGUAUCUACCCUUUUCUUCGUCAAAUUUUUCGCCGUUGGACCUGGAAGCAUACCGUGGAUGAUCACUGCCGAACUGUUCUCACAAGGGCCUAGACCUGCUGCCAUGUCAAUUGCUGUUCUUGUUAACUGGACCUCUAAUUUCGUGGUGGGUCUCGGAUUUCCUUCAUUAAGGAACGCACUAGAUAACUAUACUUUCCUGCCGUUCAGCGUCUUCCUAGCCAUUUUCUGGAUAUUUACUUAUAAGAAAGUACCAGAAACAAAAAACAAAACGUUUGAAGAAAUAGCAGCUUUGUUUAGAGAAGGAAAUGGAAGCGUUGGUUUUCGAGACAGUCGAUUGUAUGGGAGUAUGUUGAACUGCGUUAACACAUUCGAGCAGCAUCUACCAGUAACAGAGCAGGCUGGUCUGGUUGUAGCAGAAGAAAAAACACAGCAUGACUCGUUUCCAAAUCCAUUCGAGAGACCAAUGAUCAAAACAACAACUUAUACCAUUAGAAGACAUUCAGCAUAUGCCACAGUACCAGCCGGCUCUGAUCAUUCAUCCCGUACUGGUGAGAAUGCAAGCAACCGACCUCCACCCCCACUGCCACCUCCGAGAUUUCCCAACAGCGCCGUUUGACAAUGGGAUAGUCUCAGCAUCGCCACCACCUUCAGCCUGCCAAUGACGCCCCUUUUAGUACUCGAAGAUCAUCUAGUGGAAAUAAUAGCGCAGAGAAGUAGAGCUUGUGCCACUUUCCUUCGCCACAGCUUCAAGAGACCCCACCGACAUUAACGCCACCACUGCCCGAGUGAUUGAAUAUGCGGUUUGGAAACAUUUCAAUUUUUAAGAGAAAAGUUACGCGUAUUCGUUCUGAAAUCAUUAAAUAACCCUCGUACAUAUAAAUUAAAAAAUUAUCAACUGUUCCCUGUGAACGUUAUAAGUAAUUCUCAAGCAAAUUCUUAUACUCACCUGAAUAUUUGUCAAUUAACCAUUUGUGACAUUGAAUGGAGGAAAAUUGGAAAUAUCGCAAAUUAGAUGAUUCAAAUUUCGACGCUCAGUUAGAUUGAUUGGAUAUUAUCUUGAAAUUUUGUGUUUGACGUGAUGAAUUCCAAACGAAAAGUAGAUCAGUUAAGUUCAAAUUCAAUUAAUAUAACUAGAAUUUAUAACAUCUAAUUUGGACAUUAACCAAUCUUCCAAUAAGAGAGUAAAGUUUUUGUGAUAUAAUUUCUGUUUCGGAUAUCUAAGUAUUACAAGGAUCAGUUGAAAAGUUUUAAAAUUUAUUCGGUAGUGCUCCGACGACUACGUGACAAAAUAAACUUAAAAACUUCUCUUCCAAGGUUUUAAAAUGGCCUUAAAAUGCUCAGUUAAUCCGAUUAAAAAUGAAGUGAAUUGCCGCCAGUGCCGUAAAGAGUUUUUGCAGACUAUUUACUAAGAAAAAAAAGAGGUGGCCCGAAGAUAAUGCUUUAUAUUAGCCGAGAGAAUUGUAUGAUAAAUAGAAAAUUUUUCAAAAGACUAUAGCCAAUUAAAAUUUUUUAUCUCCUUGGUUCUUCUCUCGACUGAAAUCUCGUUAUUUUUAGCGAGUUUAAAACUGUCCUUUUCCCAAAGUGCGAAAUAUACUACCCUUAUCGAAAGAGAAGAAACUGCACAAAUCAUUUAUUUAUUUUUCUACAAUUUCUAUUAAAAGCAUGCACCUACAUUAUUAUCUUUUUGUUUCCUAGAUUGUAGUAGCUUUUUCGAUAUUCACUGUAUGUAAUUAUUUUUAAAAGUAUAUUAUAUUCCAAGAAAAUAACUGUUUCUAAUAUAUUAUCAAUCAAAAAGUGGUACAUUUCUAUCCGACACUUUUCGUUACUAAAUAUGGCAUUUUUCAAUCAUGCAGCUUAUAUGGUAUUGUUCCUACAUUUAUAUAAAUUAUUUCAGAAUAAGUCAUGAAUGUCUUGUUUAAAACUUAACAGUAUUUAAGUAUUUAUGAGUAAUCGUAACAUUGGUCAUUGGCACACAAAAACAAACAAAAGAUACAUAAAUUAAAUGAAGAACUAUUACAAAGUCUAUUAUAUUACGUUAAUUAUAUCAAAACAGAUUGGUAACUCCAGGACUUUCUUGAUUUCUGUCCUAACCUAACCUUGAGGUUGGGUUUCAGUUUAAACUGAUGAUGUGCGGUAGAGUAUGUGUAGACUCAGUGGAGAUGUCCGCGACACUCACAGGAACGUGACAACUUUGGCAGACAGAACGAUUUAAAAGCAGGUGAUGGAUGGAUGUAGAGCUGUCGUAGUCUAACUCCAAAUAUCACGACAAGAUUUAUGUACCCAUGAAGUCUUGAGACCAUUAUUAAGCUGAAAUAACAUAUCAUGAAUGUUUUGUACUAUUGGGUAGUCAGUGAGCAGUAUUUCUAUUCAGUUUAACGUUUUUUCUUCUUGUUCUGAUAGGUUAUUAGUACAAAAGAUGUUAACACAAGAUGAUAAUCACAAAGAUAAUCAGUAAAACUUAAAUCUAUACAACAGUAGUUCCACAAAGAAUUUUGAGGAUAAAACUAGACUGAACUACAUAAAAUGUGAAUUCUAUAAAUUAUAACACCUCACAUGGAGUGCUAAAAUAGAUCGAAGUACAACGGAUUUAUAAACAUAAUUCAAAUUUUCAAUCAAAUGAAUUUCUGGACCAAGAAUCUUGAACACAACACGAAGCCCGCAAGUAAAAAGGGGGAGGAGUAAAAACGGCAUCGUGGAAAAAGAUGUUGAUGUUGUGUUGAUGUAUGAGUUUUAUUUUGCGGAAAAGGACAUCUACCAUUUUGUUGUGAAAAGAGCUUUGUCUUCCCAUUAUUAUUGAAAGUACACCAUCCAGAGUACAAAGUUAUCUUAUUGUUUCUGAAAAAAAAAACAACAACAAA